AUGUAUGCCCCGACGUUUGGCUAUGCGCCGGGCAACAACAGCUCACCGCAACCGCCGCCCUUCACCCCAAAUGGCGGCCCUCCACAGCAGCAGCGGUACAACCAGCAGCAGAACCAGCAGCCUCAGCAGCAACCGGGCCAGCAGCCUCAGCACAUGAUGUAUAACCCAGCGCAGACCGUUCAGUAUGGCAUCGGCCCUCCAUCGUCGCCCUACGGCGCGACCAGGCCCGGCAUGCCCCAGGGCAUGGGGGGAAAUGCAAGCGGGAUGGGCGCGAUGCAGCACAACGGUAUGGCGCAGAUGGGUGGUGGAGGAGGAGGAGGAGCUGGUGGUAGCAGCAGCAGUGGUAGCAGUGGUAGUGCCAACGUACCGACAUAUCAAACCCCAUACUCCAGCUCGCCGUACGGAGCAAGUAUCCCCCCUUCGUCGCCCUCCAAUCUCCCCCCGAACUUCAUGCCCACGACAUCUAACGCACCCUCCUUCCCCAUGAACGCGCCAAAUAUGAAUCAACAACAUCAGGCACAGCGUAUGCAGCCUCCUCCGACUACCUCCACACCCACCCAGAACACCGGGGCAAGAGGCUCCCCGUUCGGUGGUGCGCCACACAAUAGCCCUCCGAAUGUUGGCGCGGGUCAAUCGCACCUUGCUACACCUCAGAGCGCGGGUCAAGCACAUCUGCAAACACCGACCAAUAACCAACAAUCGCAGGGAGGGUCCAUAUUGACUCCACAGACACCAAAUUUUCCUCCAGGUGCGCAAGGCGGCUCAAAUACAGGGUCCAACAUCGCAUCUCCAUUAAGCCCCGGGUCCGAAAUGCGGGAGAAGGAGAGGGUCACAUUAUUACUAGAUAUCAACCGGGAGCUGCUGAUGGAGGUUAUGAGACUACAGACUUUCCAGGCAGAGCUGAAAAAGGAAGAGUCGAAGGAUCAUAGCACAACAGCUGAUAGCGCUGGGGCUAGGGAGAAGGACAAGGAGAAGUUCGAUAAAGAAAAUCUGGAGAAAUUAAAAGCUGUGAGCGGCAAGGAAAUGCUUGAGUGUAUGCGCCGGCUUCAGGGGAACCUGGGGUAUCUUGCUGCUAUUGCCGACCGCUCACACAAACCCUCUUCCCAAAUCCCUCCCCACCCGGCAUAUCUGACAACACCAACUCUUGCACCUAAACCCUCGUUUUCAAAGUCAGCAUCAUCUUCAUCGCCUAAAGCCGAAAUCAAAAAGGACGAGUCGGAAGAGCAGAAGCUGGAAGAUUCCGAGGAGGACCAUAUCGAGCUGAUAAAGGACAUGUACAAGAGAUUACAGGCAUUAUUUCCUGGGGUAGACCCUAAUAGGGAGCCCUCAACCCAGUCAAAUAAUCCAGCGGCAAGAACGCACGCACAACAACAACACCUACAACAACAAGCUGCGCAACAAAUGGCACACAAACAGCAACAGGGCCCUGGCCAGGGCACUGAUCAGAAUCAGCAGCAGCAGCAACAGAAAAUGCUGAACGAUAUGGCGAAGCAGAAAAUGAUGCAGGCUCAGCAGCUGGCCCAGCAACAAGCGCACAAUUUACAGCAGUCGAUGCAAGGGGUGAACCCACAGCAAGCUCAUAAUCGGUAG